AUCGUAUAGAGGCUCCUGCCGGGCUAAAAUAGAGAGUUCCUCAUCCUUGACGGUCUUCUCGCGAAACUACGCAUUUUUCACGCUCUCCGAUCAUAAUCAUCGUUAGAAAUUAACGACAUGCCUGCUGCUACUGCUACUGCCCCCGCUACGCCCGCCGCCGCUGCGCUCAAGGCAGCUGUUGCGCCUGCGGACGGUCAAUUCGACGUUUCCGGUCUCUUCGUCUCUGACAAGGCGACCCGCGGGACCGCGGCGGCUACCCUCGUCGCGCUCGCUCAAAAGGAUGGCCCCAAGGCCCUCCAAUCUAUUGGCUUCACAGAUGCUAUUAUCAAAGCGCUCAACGACAAGAAGUCGCCGGCCGCUCGUGAGGGCGCAGCCAGCGCUGUUGCUGCCCUCUCUAGCGCGACAGACGCCGUGAAGUCAUUGGAGCCCGUUUUCGUUGACUCUGGCCUGUAUGCAGCUCUUAUCGAAGCCUUCGCCGACAAGAUGCCCGCUGUGCGAACAGCCGCCAUUGAUGCAGUCAAGGCGUACGUCACGAACAUGAACGCGUGGGCGACUGCCAAUGUGCUUCCUGCCCUCCUUCACGAAAUCAAGACGGCCGGCAAAUGGCAAGUCAAGACAGGUGCCAUCACGAUUCUCAACCAGCUCGUGACCAGUGCGCCUCUUCAGACUGCUCGUCUUACUCCCGACAUCGUUCCUAUACUCUCGGAAGCAAUCUGGGACACGAAGGCCGACGUGAAGAAGGCGGCGCGUGAUUCGCUUGAGAAGACCACUGCUCUCAUCUCCAACAAGGAUAUCGAACGCUUUAUUCCAGCUCUAAUCAAGGCUCUGAUUAACCCCGUCGAGGAGGUGCCCAACACAAUUACGCUUCUCUCAGCUACUACGUUCGUUUCUGAAGUAGAUUCGCCCACACUGUCUCUGAUGGUCCCGUUGCUAUCGCGUGGUCUCUCGGAGAAGCUGACUGCAACGAAGCGUAAAGUCGCAGUUAUUGUCGACAACAUGGCCAAGCUUGUCGACUCGGCAGUCACCGUUCGUCCCUUCAUUCCCAAACUACUUCCUGGCUUGAUCAAGGUGGAGUCGACUAUCGGCGACCCUGAAGCUCGCGGUGUCGUCGCCCGUGCUAUCGCAACCCUUCGUCAGGUUGGCGACGUCCCAACCGGUGACGGUUCCGACCUACCUCCUUUCAAGCUGGCCGACGGCAAGCAGCUUGCACAGAGUGUCGUCGGUCUGUACAAGAAGGCGGGCGCUAACCCCGUACCGGUUGCCACGUCCGUCGAGAUCUCUUACGCUGGUGGCCUUGCCGCCAAUCUCGUCAUCGCCAAGAACUUUGACAUCUCGGAGUGGCAAUCGCUUGCUCCUUACCUCGCCUUUGCUACCACAUCUCCCGAGCCCAUCUCGAUCAUCAAUGAGUGGGCCGUCAAGUCGGCGUCGCAGGAGGAGGACGAGGGAGAAACUCUUGAUGACGAAGAGGAGGGUGAAGAUUUGUGUAACUGCCAGUUCUCGCUGGCGUACGGUGCCAAGAUCCUACUCAACACCGCUACUCUUCGCCUGAAGCGUGGUCAUCGCUACGGUCUGUGCGGUCGCAACGGUACCGGAAAGUCUACCCUUAUGCGCGCCAUUACCAACGGUCAAGUCGAAGGAUUUCCGUCGCCUGAUGAGGUCCGCACUUUCUACGUCGAGCACGACAUUGAUGGCAGCGAGGCCGAUACUUCUGUGUUGGACUUCAUCCUGGCCGACACACGUAUCCAGGGAAGCAAGGAAGAGGUGGUGGAGACGCUGGCAUCUGUCGGUUUCAGUGAUGAGCGUCAGAAGCAGGCCAUCGGCAGCCUGUCUGGUGGUUGGAAGAUGAAGCUCGCGUUGGCUCGCGCCAUGCUGUUCAAGGCCGAUAUUCUCCUCCUCGACGAGCCGACCAACCAUCUGGACGUUGUCAACGUUGCAUGGCUCGAGAACUACCUCACCAGCCUGACGACCUGCACAUCCAUCAUCGUCUCGCACGACUCUAGUUUCCUCAACAACACCAUCACCGAUGUUCUUCACCUCAACCGCUUCAAGCUUAGAAGGUACAGGGGUAACCUCGAGGCCUUCAUGAAGCAGGUUCCCGAGGCGCGUUCAUACUACACUCUUGAGGCGCAGGAGGAUUACCAAUUCAAGCUUCCUGAUCCUCCUCUCCUCGAGGGCGUCAAGACAAAGGAGAAGAGUCUCCUCAAGAUGCGUAAAGUUGGUUUCCAGUACCCGACUCAGACUGUCCAGCAGCUUUACGACAUCACCCUUCAAGUGUCUCUCUCGUCGCGUGUUGCCGUCCUCGGUCCUAACGGCUCUGGUAAAUCUACCCUCGUCAAGCUGCUCAUCGGCGAUCUUGAGCCCAACAGGGGCGGUGAGAUCUGGAAGCACCCCAACUUGGUCAUCGGUUACGUGGCGCAGCACGCGUUCCACCAUAUCGAUAGCCAUCUGGACAAGACCCCACUCGAGUACAUGUUGUGGCGCUACCAGACCGGUGAGGACUUGGAGGAGAUGAUGAAGGCGAAUCGUCAAAUUACCGAGGAAGAGGAGAAGAAGAUGAAGGAGGGUGGUGUAGUCGUCGUCGAAGGUCAGAAGCGCCUGAUUGAGGAGAUCGUCGGCCGCAAGAAGCUCAAGCAGUCGUACGAGUACGAGGUGUCGUUCAAGGCCCUUAGCUCGUCGGAGAACAUCUGGCUCCCGCGUGACGAGCUCAUCAAGCGUGGUUUCGAGAAGAAGGUCCUCGAGGUCGACACCCGUGAGGCGCAGCGCCUCGGUCUCCUCCGUCCGCUCGUCCGUCGCGAGAUCGAGAAGCACUUCGCGGACUUUGGUCUCGAGCCUGAGUUCGUCUCGCACAACUCGAUGCGCGGUCUCUCCGGUGGUCAGAAGGUGAAGGUGGUCCUCGGUGCCGCUACGUGGCGACGACCGCACGUCAUCUGCUUGGAUGAGCCGACCAACUACCUUGACCGUGAGUCGCUUGCUGCGCUCAUCAAGGCUCUCCAGGAGUUUGAGGGUGGUGUGCUUAUUAUCACGCACAACCGCGAUUUCUCCGAGUCCCUGUGCAAGGAAGUCUGGGCCAUGCGCGAUGGCCGCCUCGAGGCGUCCGGCCAUAACUGGGUCGAGGGUCAGGGUGCCGGUCCUCGUAUCGACAAGAAGGAUGGUGAGGAAGACGACCAGUACGACGCGAUGGGUAACAAGAUCGAGACGAAGAAAGUGAAGAAGAUCACUGCGGCUGAGGCGCGUAAGCUCAAGAAGGAGCGCAUUGCGCGGAAAAAGCGUGGCGAGGAGAUCACCGACGACGAGUUGUAAUUCUAACCUCUCGGCUGUAUUCCGUCGCUGUUGUCUUUCGCUGUGUGUUUCAUAGGACGUCCUCAGGCUAUAUCGUUACAUCGUCUCGUAUCCUGUACCCUAGCACUAAUUCUAUCAUUUAUGUACUCCUGUCUUUCAUG